UGGUGCCCGCCCCGCACCGCCGGCAGCCUGCGGCAGCACCGGCCCCCGCGCCUCCGCGCCAUGCCGGCUGGCGGGUCCCGGCCGCCCGAGCCGCCGCGGAGCUGAGAACUGCCAGAUAUAUGCUGAAUCUUUCAUGCUUAAAGGACUACCUCUUUAUGACCUGGUCAUUACCUUUGACAAACUGUUGAAACCUUAGGAAAAUGAAUUUCUCUUCACUGAAUUCUGCAUUGAUUGGAGUUGCAUCUUCACAAAAAGGGAAAAUUGACUCCUGCUGAGGGUCUAAAAAUAUCUGGAAGGAGAUUAAGUGGUUCAACAAGUAACGCUCUAAUGGAUGACAGAGACUUUUCACCAAAUGAUCUGCAAAUAGACUCAAAGGACAGUGUUCCUGCUAACUAUAGGGUAGAAAGUUUGGUAUCUCAUUUGAUUCCUUCAGCUGAUGAAAAUGAAAAUCAACUUGACAGUGAUGGGAAUGAAGUUCUGACCAGUAGUAGCAUUGCUAUGGGACGACAGGAUAAAGGUGAACAGGAUAACAUCAAUAAUAAUGAGAAUAUGGACAGUGGAGACUGGAUCCCAAGCUGUAAGGAAGGUGAGACUGAGAGAAGAUCUGUAAAUGUCCAUAUGGACCCUCAGCUGGAGGAAAAGCCCAUUACAGAAAAACAGCCAGGUGGAAAAAGAAGUCCAAGAAGCAAAAGAAGCUCCAGUAAAAAAUCUAAAGGAGUUUCUACGGUGGGAACCACAGCAAUCCAGGAGGAAAAUACUUUUAUUACAGAUGCAGAUUUUGUGCAGGCUGAAGGUGCUGUUGAAGUAAAGGAAAACUUUCAUCCAAAAGAACAAAAGCAAACGUUGCAGUCUCUUUUCUCUUUGCUCCGUGAAGAGGUUGAGCAGAUGGAUUCAAAGAUACUGCCUCUGUGUCUCCAUCAGAUAGCUGAGACCUAUUUUCAAGAGGAGGAAUAUGAGAAGGCGAUGAAGUUCAUUCAGCUUGAACGACUGUAUCAUGAGCAGCUGCUUGCAAAUCUUUCUUCCAUACAGGAACAGUGGGAAAGAAAAUGGAAAACAGCAGUUCCCAGUCCAGUGACAACACUGAGGAAUUCAGAUAAAGAACUGAGUGGCCAAGAACUGGAAAAGCUUACUAGAGUUUGCUCUUCACAUCAACAGCCACAGGCAUCCAAACGUAAGCUAGUAGCCGCAGAAAAUACAUGGGAAAGCAGUUGUUUGUCUCAGUUAAUGGAAUCCAGAAACUUAAAGGAAAGAGAAGCUACUGCUUUUAAAUCAGGUACUGAAACUUAUCCUGGCGCUGGACCAAAGAAAGAAGAUAAACAGCUGAGCACUGUUUGCCCAGGUGAAAACAAAACUGAGGGACAGACAGAGGCAGCGAGUCUUCGGGUAGCUACAGGAAAGGACCACAUGGAGGAGCAGCACUGCAGUGCUGAAUCAACAUUGAAGCCACACACCCAGUCCACAGGGACAGUGGGCAGGCCUUCUUCAGGCUGUUUAUCAUCUGGGGAUGCCGGUAAAGAGAACAGUCUGCGGCUGAGGGAAACACAGCUCUCCAAGGAUGCAGUGAAAACAGAAGGGGCUGGGGAGCCUGGAGUGAAACUCCCUCUUGAGCCAAUGGUAGAUGCUUUGGAUUUAACAGAUGCUGAUUAUAUACCUACUAAUUUGGUUCCUUCUGAUAAAGAUGUGCCAGCUGAUAGAAGUCUGCUCAGAUCAAAACAUGCUGCUGGGUCUUCAGAAAUUGCUAGUGACCAGCUUGGAAACAGUGAUGUAAAGCAGCAACAGAUAGAGCCUGAUGAUGAUGAUGAAAAGUCUUCAUGGCACAGAACUGCAUCAGAUGAAUGCUCUGGGUGUAAUAAAGUGUCUGAGCAUGAGAAUACUGCCCAUUCACGAGUGUGUGAGGAAAUACAGAGAGCAGCAGGACAGGAGGAGAGGGUCAGUAAUGAAGAACAAGAAGAUUUAUUUCUCAGAUUUUUGAAUGGUAACAUAAUAGACACUGAAGAAUCUGCAAACUUAGCAAACCAAGAGGACUUUGACACUGUUCCAGAUAUUUCACCUGAACGAGCGUCUUACAACUCCCUGGAAGCUUUAUCACUAGAUGACAGCUUUUCUUCUCUUGAUGAACUUACAAGAAGGAUAGAGAUUACUGAGAUUGCCCCAGUGGAAGGAUUGGUGUCUAUACUAAAGAAGAGAGAUGACAGAGAUGGAAAAACAAUUGCUCAAGUCCAGCAAAAGCAAACAAAGAGAAGAGUAAGAUUCCAAGAAAUGGAAGACACAUUGGAUCAAGAUGAAGUGUCUGGUGGCUCCUGUAUUUUGCUGAUCCUGCUGUGCAUAGCAACUGUUUUCCUUAGCAUUGGAGGAACUGCACUGUACUGCACCUUUGGUGACAUGGAAUCCCCUGUGUGUACUGAUUUUGCAGCCAACAUGGAUUUCUAUUAUACACAGAUACUGCAGCGUGUGGAAGAACUUAAACACUGGAUAGCCUUCUCAUAGCUGGAAGGAGUGGAGACAGCACGUUGAGAGCUCACCAGUGGUUACUGGAGAGGGUAGAACAAAAUUGUGAUUUCAAGUUCUCUAACACUUGCCACCUGCAGGUGAUGUGUAUUUGACAAUAUACUUUCACAUUUACUUAGAAAUCAAGAAAAUUUUAGUUUAGCAAUCAGGUGGCAAAAUGUUCACAUCUGUUCACAACUGUAGCAGCGUGGUAUGGGAGCAUAAAAAGUUAUUAUCUUCAUCCUUUUGAGAGUAGGCAAGUAGCUUUUUAUCCACUUGAGCAAGCGAAGAAGGAAGAAAAUUAACUGUCUUCUAUAUUCUCUCCCAUUGCCACACAUCGUGUAAGCAAUCUCUGGAAGCUUAGUAAAAGGACAGCUUUAAUUUACAGCUGUUUGUGCAAAGGUGUUGCCUCCAGCUAUCAUGCAAUAAGUCUCUGUUUUAUGGAAACUUUUUUUUUUUUUAGUCUUACUGGUUUUAUCCAUUUUAUUUCUCCUGGUGAGCCAUGUAAUUAUUGGGGUGGAGUGAGAAGAAUGCAGUGGCAUUCAAGGAGCCCUCAUUUGGUGAUUACCAGGCUGACCUUGUAUCUUAUAGCUUACAGUGAAUAUCAUGAAUGGGAUAAAUCUGCUGGCAGAUUUCACUAAAUUUCUUGGACCUUUACUCUCAGUAUCAUGUGGGUUGUUCUAGAAAUGGAAGGUUAAAAAAGAAAUCACUGGUCUCACUAAACACAGAAACAAAAGAUGUUUAGUAAAUUACUCAAAUAAUCAAGUGGCUUUGGCCAAUCUUAAAGCACCUGGUAGCAGGUGUGGGGCUAACUGGGUUUUUCUCCAGCUAUGUGACUGACUUGGAGUAAUCACUUUGUGCCUCAAUUUCUCCUCCAUAAAUGGGGAACAAUGAUCCUUGCCUUUAUCUAUGAAUAUUUAUUGGAAUUAGGGCUCAUGUCUGAUUCAUCCCAAAUGAGUGCACAGGAUCACAGAACUGUGUGGCUGCAGCCUCUGACAAUGAGUGAAAGUUACGUAAAGUGGGACUGAUCCAACAGAAGAGAUUCAGAGGUUCACUGCAGAUCCACAGCACCUUAGUAGUCCAGGGCACUUGUUCCAGCUGAUAAAGCACAUUUGCAUCUAUUUGCCCUGCAGUUCUGAGACCUGUAUUGUAAAAUCUGUUCUUUCUCUAUCAGCUUUACAAAUUUAGAUCAGUACAAAGAGCCAUUUUAAAUGGGUAUUUCUAUCACUUGGUGCUCAGCCCUCCCUGUGUGGUGGUGAGAGAAACACUGACAGGACAGUGAAGGUGAGAAUUAGAUACACAGGCCUUUGGGCCACACUCUGGUCAAGAUGUGGCAGCUGUUCUUGUACAGAGCACAAUGGUCCAGCCCUGCUGAUGGUGUGAGUGUGAAACAAUUCCUUUACACCUCAGGAAACAGCAUUUUCGAGGGGUCCACUUCACUCCACUCUGUGAUUUCCUGCUUACUAACCUUGUAUGAUGCAGUGCGUUCAGGUUUAGGAUAUUAUUUUGUAAAAUGCUAUGAAGUGAAAUCUUUGAGAUACUGCUCAGAAUUAUAACAUUAAAGAUCAUGCUUUCUGACAUUUGCAAGCAAAUUGUCCCUCUAGUGAGCUUGAUUGUUCCUAAUGCACUGUUACACUUAACGGGUUUUUAAAGCAAAAGUUAAAAUCAUGUUUUUUCUGGAAUAAACUGCAUGUAUGAUUUCUC